GUCCCAUCAAAAUCAGUCCAGCUCGUGAUCAGUGCAGUGCCGCGAAUCUGCGUCUCACUCUUUUAACAGUCUGUGCACCGAAAACCCGUGCAAAGAUGCUGAAGGCUUCCUGUCUCGUCCUGCUCGCCGUUGCCGUGUCGGUGAAUGCAGUAGCAAUUGGAGUUGCAGCUCCGGCAGCAGUGUUGAAGACCGAAGAAUACGACGCUCACCCUCAGUACUCAUUCUCCUAUGACGUGAAAGAUGCCAUUACGGGUGACAACAAGAAUCAACAUGAGACACGCGACGGAGACGUCGUCCAGGGACAGUAUUCACUUAUCGAGCCAGACGGCACUCGCAGGACUGUGGAUUACACGGCUGACCCAAUCAAUGGUUUCAAUGCUGUGGUGACCAAAACAGCUGGAGAGCACAUCGUGAAAGCCGUGGCGCCCGCCGUCGCGGUUGCACACGCCCCAGUCGCCGUGGCCCACGCUCCCGUCGCCGUGGCGCACGCCCCCGUGGCCGUGGCCCAUCACGCGCCUGCCAUCGUGACCCACGCCGCCCCGGCGUACUACUCCUCGCCGGCCGUCGUCCAUCACGCGCCCAGCGUCUUCGCGCAUCACGUGGCGGCACCCGUCGUGGCCCACCACGCUCCCGCCCUGCUGUCGCACGCGCCCCUCUACUCCGCCGCCUACCUGCACCACUAAGCCCCCCUUCGUGACCUUCCACCUCCGCCCCGCAACCCCACGAAGCUCCGUCUCACCAUUGGCGACAGGCAAGGCGUGUGCGAACCGCACUUGUGUACAUAAUACAUUGCAAAUAAAUUGUUUCAACUUCUCACAAUGUGUCCACAUUGCAAUCAAGUGGCAGACAAUUCCACGGCGGAAGUCAAGACGUCACGGCAUGAGACGAAGACGUAUUAAAUCUCACUGGACAAGAGGUUGCUAAUAUAGAUUCUGAAUGUCACCGGGAUUUUGCGUCUCAAGUUCAAUUGAAGAUUUAUGCUCAAAAUGAUAGACUUGAGAUUUCAGUGCAGGAUUUGAAGAAAGGGCGGAAAAUGAGGGAGAAAAAUAUAUUUUAAGUGUCAAAUUGUC